UAAACAAAAACAUUUUCCUUCAGUAUUCGUCGUCGUGGCCGAGUUCUGCCGCAGUAAUUUUGUGAUUUCACUCCGAAAGAGUAAAAUUUAAGUUAUUAAAACAUUCCGUAACCGGCACACCAUGGACGACGUGGCCACGCUCAAGAGCGAAAACGCCAACCAGCGGCGAAUCCAGGCCCGGCUACUGCAGUGGGAACAGAAGGACAACGGGCUGGCUCCGCUCAGUGCGGCCCAGAAUGAGUUCAUCAACCAGUUGGCGGAAUCGCUAGGGGGUGGAGCCGGAACCGGUGGCGGAGGAUCUGCUAAGAACCAAGAAGAAGUCAUGCAAACCAGCUUUGAACUCAAGACUUCGCUGGAUGAUUUCAAAAGUUCGAGCAAUGCCGCCAUCGAUUCCACGCAGGACUUCCUGUCGUGGUACAACUCGAUCGACUCGGAGAUUCUGGAGCACUUUGACGACGUGUAUCUGGAUUAUUACGAGCAGUUGCGAGCUCGUUCCGCCGAAUGCGACAAUCUGCUGGGGGAAAUCGACGUUUCGUUGGAAUCACUCAAGAAACUCACCAACGAGUACAACUUCGUAUCCGAGAAGACAUCGUCGUUGCAUCAGGCCAGUGAGAAUCUGCUCCAGGAUCAAACCCGGCUGAACGAGAUCGGCGAGGACAUCCGGAAGCGACUCAAGUAUUUCACCCAAGCGGAAAGCAUCUCACAGCGGCUGCAGAAUCCAACCUUUUCCGUGUCGAACGACACCUUCGUGGACAUUCUGAACACGAUCGACGACUGCCUGGAGUACAUGCGCGCCAAUCCAACCUUCAGCGAGGCGUCCGCGUACGGCAUCAAGUACCGGAACUGCCUCUCGAAGGCCACCCAAAUGAUGAAGAACUACGUGAGCAACGUGCUGGCGAACGCCACCGCCCAGAUACUGGCCAAGGACGCACUCGAGCAGGGUUCGGAGGCGGCGUUUGCCCUGUUCUACGGCAAGUUCCAGGCGUCGGCGCCCAAGGUCAAGCGAAUUACGGCCACCAUCGAGGAGCGGCUGGAGCGGAGCGUCGAGUACGAGCAGCUGCUGGCGGCGUUGCAUCAGCAGUUUCUUGCCCAGCGGGCAACGAUCAUGAGUGGGGCCGUAGAGCAGGCGAUUCGGGACCUCGGAAGGAAGCACAAGGGCGAUCACUGUGCGUUGGUGCGGUCGGCGUGCGCGUUUAUGGUGCACGUGUGCCAGGACGAGCACCGGCUGUUCUACCAGUUCUUUGCGCAGCCGAGCGGGCAGUUGACCGUCUACAUGGAGGGCCUCUGCACGAUCCUGUACGACACGCUGCGCCCGUUCAUCAUCCGGAUCGACCACCUGGAGACGCUGGCGGAGAUUUGCAGCAUUCUGCGCGUUGAGAUGCUGGACGAGCACGUCAACUACAACCCGGAAUCGCUGGAGGCGUUCGCCAAGAUCGUGUACCAGCUGCUGCAGGACGUGCAGGAGCGGAUCGGGUUCCGGGCGCAGAACUACUUGGAGUCGGACAUUUUGAACUAUCGGCCCUCGGCCGGGGAUUUGGCGUACCCGGAGAAGCUGGAGAUGAUGGAGUCGAUAGCGGCUUCGCUGCAGCAGGAGGGGAGUAGCUAUUUGAGGCGGGUUGAUUCGCGGAGUUCGAUCGCGUCGCUGGCUUCGCAGGAGGUCGAGCAGAUCAACAGUGGGGAGGGGAUGGCCAAGUUUCGCGGGGGUUCGGGGAAUUCUCCGGCGGAUUUGCACGGCAUGUGGUACCCGACGGUGCGGCGAACGUUGGUGUGUCUUUCGCGGCUGUACCGAUGUAUUGAGCGAUCGAUCUUCCAGAGUUUGUCUCAACAGGCGCUGACGUACUGCAUUCAGAGCGUUUCGAGUGCAGCCGGGCAGAUUGCGCAGCGCAAGAGUUCGGUGGAUGGGGAGUUGUUUGAGAUCAAGCAUUUGCUGAUUCUGCGCGAGCAGAUUGCGCCGUUCCGGGUUGAUUUCACCGUCAAGGAGACCAGUUUGGACUUUAGCAAGGUGAAGACGGCGGCGUUUGAGUUGUUGCAGAAACGGAAGCAACUGUUUGCCCUUGGGUCGAACAACGCCUUGUUGGAGUUCUUGCUGGACGGAACGCCGCAGGUCCGGGAGCAGCUGCUCGAUUCGCGCAAGGACGUCGAUCGCCAGCUCAAGAUGGUCUGCGAAGCGUUCAUCAAGGACGCCACCCGCCAGCUGGUUGGACCAAUCCUAAACUUUAUCGAAACGGCGCAGAACCACCUAAAACAAACCGCGACUGCACCAACUCCAACGCCGCAGCAAGGCAUGGCCCUCCGAAUGGCCGCCUUCGCCGCACCCCAGCAAAUCAGCUCCAUCAUCCAAGAAAGCAUCCGCGCAAUCAAAACCAAACUUGGCCCCCUUCAACGCUCGAUGCAACUCUACCUUGCCAACAAGGACACCGAGUUCAUCCUAUUCCGCCCCAUCCGGAACAACGUGCUCGGAUCGUUCGUCAAGCUGGAGCAGCUGCUCGCCACAAACUCGUACAGCCGGGACGACCUGACGAUCGUGAGUUGCCCCUCGGCGGAGCAGGUCUCGGUGCUGCUGUCGAGUGUCAACUUGGGACAGGAAGGGGCGGCCUCGGCGCCGCAGCGGAAGAUAAGUUCGUCCUCGAUGGGAAGUGGUGGGACGACGAAGCCGCCGAUUGAGAAGAAGGUAAGCUUCGAUAGUGGGGCCAACACGGUGGUGCAGAUUGGUGGGGCAGGGGAUGAGGGGGAGAGCGAGGGAGGUGCCGAGGCUGGUCCGGUUGUGGUGCAGGAGGAGGGAAGGGGACAGUGAGGGAGGUAUGAACAAUAUGUUACUUUGCAAUAAAUAUGAUGUAUAACAGUU